AAACAGGCCUCCGAAGUCGAGAGCCGCUGUGCUUCCCACCCCCCACCCCCCAACACGCUGGGGGAGAAUCCGAGCCCGAGGGAGCAAAGGGAGCCUUUCUUUCUCUUGCAUUUCUCUCCUGCACCCUCCCGUAUCCGGCGUCCAGAAGGACUAGCCAGAUUGUCUUUUUCUCUCGAUCCUAAGAAAAAGGAAGGACUUCGCGACCAUGCAAAGCCGGGAGGCGAUGAUGUCAGCGCUUCUGCACGGAGGGGUCGGGGGUGGGGCAGAGGGGAGCCGAGCGGCCCGGGAGUGCGCGGCCCACGUCAGGGGAGCCAGGGAUAAAUAGGUCGCGCCAUGGCCGGGCCGGCUGCGCUCCGAGCUGCCCGGGCGGUGCGCGCCCCCGAGGCGAGGCCGAGCGCUGGUGCCCGUGCACCCGACGGCGGAGCUCGGCGGAGGUGGACCGGGGACUUCUCCGGAGACCCCGAGUACUUCUCCGGAGACCCCGAGUACUUGCUCCUGCUCCUCCUGCACCUCCCGGGAGGCUCGGCUGCCGAGGCCCAGCGGGGCGCGGAGCGCGACAGCAGCGCCAUGGUCCCCUCCGUCCUCGCCGCGCUGCUCCUCUGGUUGCGCCUGGCGCCAGGCGUGCGCGGCGCGCCCUGCGAAGCGGUGCGCAUCCCCAUGUGCCGCGCGAUGCCCUGGAACCUCACGCGGAUGCCCAACCAUCUGCACCACAGCACGCAGGAGAACGCCGUGCUGGCCAUCGAGCAGUACGAGGAGCUGGUGGACGCCAACUGCAGCGCCGUGCUGCGCUUCUUCCUCUGCGCCAUGUACGCGCCCAUCUGCGCGCUCGAGUUCCUGCACGACCCCAUCAAGCCCUGCAAGUCCGUGUGCCAGCGCGCGCGCGACGGCUGCGAGCCGCUCAUGAACCUCUACAACCACAGCUGGCCAGAGAGCCUAGCCUGUGACGAGCUGCCCGUCUACGACCGCGGCGUGUGCAUCUCGCCUGAGGCCAUCGUCACCGACCUCCCGGACGACGCCAAGUGGCUGGACGUCACCCCAGAUAUGAUGGUUCACGAAAUGCCCCUGGAUGUCGACUGCAAACGUCUCAGCCCUGAUCGGUGCAAGUGUAAGAAAGUGAAGCCAACUUUGGCAACGUACCUGAGCAAGAACUACAGCUAUGUUAUUCAUGCCAAAAUAAAAGCCGUGCAGCGGAGUGGCUGCAAUGAAGUCACAACCGUGGUGGAUGUCAAGGAGAUCUUCAAGUCCUCAUCGCCCAUCCCUCGGACACAAGUCCCACUCAUCACGAAUUCUUCCUGCCAGUGUCCUCACAUCCUGCCCCAUCAGGAUGUCCUCAUCAUGUGUUACGAGUGGCGCUCGAGGAUGAUGCUUCUUGAAAAUUGCUUAGUAGAAAAAUGGAGGGAUCAACUUAGUAAAAGAUCCAUACAGUGGGAAGAGAGGCUGCGGGAACAGCAGAGAACAAUUCAGGAAAAGAAGCGAACAGCUGGACGCACCAGUCAUAGUAAUCCCCCCAAGCCAAAGGGAAAGCCACCUGCUCCCAAACCCGCCAACCAUAAGAAGAACAUUAAAGCUAGAAGCGCACAAAAGAAGACAAACUCCAAAAAAGCGUGAGCUAACUGCUUUCAGAAAUGGAGACUUCCUUACUGCACAAGGCUGGGCAUUGCCUGGGACAGCUGAUGUAAGGCCACACGCCCCUUGCCUUAAGGACUCUUGCAGUCCUGUUCAUAGAUGCAUCUUGCAGCAUUUUCUUUAAUGAUUUGCUUUCAUUUUUCCUUUUAAGCCACUCCAAGCCAUAUGGGUAGUUGGCACUCUGGCAUGGCAGGUGUAAUAAUUAAAGCUUGUCGAAAGCUUUUUUGUGUACGGAGUGGUGCACACUCUUUUGACCUCCAUGUAGAGGAAAGAGGUUUUUAUUCUUACUGUUUGACCUAAUAUGCGCAUAGUAAAAUUAAUGCCAUAUUUGAAAAGAAACACUUUAAUUUUUUUGACAAAAUAUUUUAUUUCUGUUUGACUUCUGAUAGAACAUUAGUGAUACUUUACAAUGUGACUGACACUAUAAUGCUUCUGAAGAAAGCAAGUGAAAUGAAUGUUGCAGAGAUCUUUGUGUUUAUUAUCUGCAGGAGGAUUUGGGAGAUGAAUGGGGAUCUUUUUGAAAAAUCUAGAGAAGCAGGAUGUGGAAAAUUGUAAUGCAUGUUUACAAGAAGACUUUCAGCUCUGUUUUUGGCUACAAAUUCUAAAAACUAAAAUAAUAAUGACAAAUAAAUAAAAAGGAGAGGCAGAGAGACAGUGCUCUGAUUCUUGUUUUCUGGUUACCAUGCCAUGGUGGAGAUGUUCUGAUCCCACAGUUGCAAUGCUGUAUCAGUGUCUUCUGUGAAGAGCCAGAAAUGGUGAGUUUAUUUGAUCCGUAUUAUGUAGGUGCAAAUUCGUGGGUCAGCCCUCAGCGUUUUAGACCCACAAAAGAGUUGUGAGACUCGUCUAACUGCUCAGGACACCCCAGUGCUGUGAUUGCUAGACUGGAGAGUUUUCUCUCUGCAAAUCCAGGCACUUACAGCAAUGACUUUGGGGCCAUGAUAGGCUGGGACUCCCAGGCCGGUUCUCAGCCUGCUAUGACAGCCACCACACACCAGCCCUGUGCCUGGGAGAGCGGACAGAGGCCACUUGUCUGCCCACAUUGUAUGGAGGUAGCAGAACUAUCUGAAAGCUUAAGAGUUAUGUCCCCCUGAGAUCUGCCAUUAUCUCUGCUCCUGGGGGGGAGGGUAAGUUAACAUGCUCCAUUCAUAUAAGAUAAUUAAAGAGAGGAUUUGAUUUCACCUUUGUAGUCAUUGGGACUUAAAAGUGACUCGCGAUGGGAAGCCAAAGGGGAAAGUGAGGAAAAGAACCAACGAAAAAUCUGCUAUGCGUGCCCAGCACCUUCUGAAAGCUUCAGCUGGGGCUGCUACCUCAGGAUGCCAAGGCUAAAGGAACCCCCUGGAUCCACCUAAGUGAGGGUGUCAAUAAAAUGCUCAGCGUGUAGUCCUGUUGUAUAAAAGCCAAAACUCCUUGGCCCUUAAGGAAAGCCUGUUAGGUGUUCUGCAUAGCAUCCAAACUCAAAGACCCUUGGAAAAGCCAUGCAAAGCCACAGGCAGCCUAUCUUACCUUCUUAGCAACUAGCACUUCCAUGGGGGAGAGGGAUAGAAAUGGAACUACAUAGGGCCAGGGAUUUAGCUCAGUGGUUUCGUCGCCUGCUGCGCAAGCACAAGGACCCAAGUUUGAUCCCUGAUACCCCCUCCCCCCAAAAAAACAACAAACAAAGAAAAAAACACAGAAAUUGAAUUACUCUCUGUGGAAAAGGAGGAAAACACUUAUAUAUAAGUAUUUUAAGGAACAAAACUGAAUGUAAUAAGGAUUUGAGAAUGACUUUACAAAUCUAAGCAUUGAAUAUUUUACUGCAAUGAUAUAUUGUUACAUAAAAUCUUAACUAAAUUA